CGCCCCGCGCCGCCGCCGGCCGGGCGCUGUCAGCUCUCCUCGGCGUCGGGUGGAGACGCGGUGUAUGCUGAGCCGCUGCGGCCGCAGGCUGCUGCAGGUCCUGGGCCUUAGCUUCCCGCUGCUGACCCGCCCGCCGCUUUUCCUCUGCCCUCGCCGCCUCAUGAAACCGCUGGUCGUGUUCGUCCUCGGCGGUCCUGGCGCCGGCAAGGGGACCCAGUGCGCCCGCAUCGUCGAGAAAUAUGGCUACACACACCUUUCUGCAGGAGAACUUCUUCGUGAUGAAAGGAAGAACCCAGCUUCACAGUAUGGUGAACUCAUUGAAAAGUACAUUAAAGAUGGAAAGAUUGUGCCAGUUGAGAUAACCAUCAGUUUGUUAAAGAGGGAAAUGGAUCAGACAAUGGCUGCCAAUGCUCAGAAGAAUAAAUUCUUGAUUGAUGGGUUUCCAAGAAAUCAAGACAACCUUCAAGGUUGGAAUAAGACCAUGGAUGGGAAGGCAGAUGUAUCUUUUGUUCUGUUUUUUGACUGUAAUAAUGAGAUCUGUAUUGAACGAUGUCUUGAGAGGGGAAAGAGCAGUGGUAGAAGUGAUGACAACAGAGAGAGCUUGGAAAAGAGAAUUCAGACCUAUCUUCAAUCAACAAAGCCAAUUAUUGACUUAUAUGAAGAAAUGGGGAAAGUCAAGAAAAUAGAUGCCUCUAAGUCUGUUGACGAGGUUUUUGAUGAAGUUGUGAAGAUUUUUGACAAAGAAGGCUAACUCUAAACCUGAAAGGAAACUCAAAAUCAUGCUUGAAUAUUGCUUUGAUAGCUGCUAUUACAACCCCUUUUUAAGGCAAUUUUAAUCUUUCAUAAUUACAUCUCAAUUAAUGGCUGGAAAGAAUAUAGUAAGACAAAUUAAAUUUUUUAUCUUAGAUUUUUUUGGUUAUAGGAGUAGAGUGAAUUCGGGUCUAAUUUUAUCUUAGCUAUGGUGCUCACCAAACAAAGAAGGAUAUCAGCUAGUUCUUUGUUUUUACUCAAAAAGCAUAUCCCUUUUAUAGUUUGUGCCUUCUGUGAGCAAAACUUUUUAGUAUGUGUGUAUAUCCCUUUAAUAAUUACAACAUGUUAGGAUUAGGGAUUCCCCACUUCCUCGUUUUCUUGCAGGUUUUAAAUUUCCAACCUGUUAAGUGAAUUUGUGGACCAAAUUCCAAAGGAACUUUUUGUGUAGUCGGUUCUUGUAAAAUGUGUUUGGUAAACAAACUCAUAAAAAGAAUUCCUAGAAGUGUUUUAGUAUUUAUCAAAUAACUGACCAUUUCCUACAGAAAAGUAAGAAAACUUAGGCUUUGCUUUAUUACAACUUACACAAAGUUGUGUGACAGGGCAUCUUCUUUGCUUCCAGGGAUUGGGUUGGGGUCACUGGGGGUUCAGAGCCUGGCAGAGUUGUCAGCUUUAUUCUGACAUAAGUCUGAGGGUAAGAGGCAAGGAUCACAUCUAAUGACAUGUGUUCCUAUGCUCUAUUAUAUAGUGUUAUUAAUGAUUAAACUGAUCUUAACAAAAUUCCUAGCAGUGGAACCUUGAAGUGCAUGUAUUAGGUUUAUGGUAAAUGAUUUGGUUAGCAUUUUAGUAAUACUUCAUUCAGAGUGUUUUUGUUUGUUUUUUAGACUAAAUGUAGGGUUGGUAUGAAGUAAAAAAAUCUAAUGUUUAAUUUCCCAUUUGUGUUUUAUUUUCUUGAAUCCUUUUUUUCAGUUAUUUGUUUAAGGAGAUUUAAAAAUCAUUGCACUUUGGUCAGAAAAAUAAUAAAUAUAUCUUAUAAAUGUUUGA